AUGGCACCCAUCUUCUACAUUGGUCCACGAGCAGGUGCGGGUUGCAGCCAGUCCAACAGUCCAUGUCUCGGUAACCCCGAAACUGAUGGCAAUGCCCUCCGUGCAGACGUUACAGUAGAAGCAGUUGCCGACCUGAUUCCAGGUCUGGUACCAGUACCCCCAGUUGCUGGUGUCGUACCACUGCUGCAACUCGCUAUGGCAAACCGGCGGCGCCGACUCCCGCUUGGUCAGGCUGCUAAUGAAUUCGGCGGAUCGGUUGCGGACCACGUCACCAGGCUUAUAUUCGACGGUGGUCACGUUGUUCCGCUCUCGGAUGGUCUGCAGUUGCUCACGGGUAUACAUAUUCCGUUUGAUCUCGAUGGUCCCAUUAGGGUGCGUAAUCUGCGUGAUGAUAUCUGGGCUGGGUUGGCGUACGAGUUGACAGAGCGGGUCCGUAGUUCCCUCAGUACAGGGCAUAAAGGUGGCAUUUGUCGGGGGCCCAUUACCGUCCGAUCUUAA